UGUAGGCUUGUGCUCAUUACAUUCAGAACUGGAACUACUUCCUUAAACGCGGAGCUUCAAUGGUCUUCUCGGCGGUAUACCCCACGGUGGACACUACGCGAUCGGCAAAUCAGUUACUACUGGAGGGCUAUGACGAUAUAAUCGUCGACAUAGCAAAGAUGUUACCAUUUAUCGCGUCCGAAAUUCCGCGCUUCGAUAAGUUCGGUUGGCUUUUCAUCCUGAACGGCACGUCCGCCUUCGAAGGUGCAAUCAAUAUGGACGAUGGCGAGAUGGGGAAUUUCGAAAUUCGCCAGUGGAACUACGAAAGCAAAUUGACACAGUUUACCGGUUCGUGUGCGGAAUUAGGCCGGUCAUCGGCAGGCGAAUUGUACCCUCAUACCAUCAAACGGGAGUAUAUUGAAGUAUUUAUUCCCCAGUUUUGCCGAAAUUUAAGAUUUGACUACGUGGGAAAUGUCACGGUGGAUGGUAUUUCGGGUUACAAAUUUGCAAUCGGUGCUGGAGUUCUGGACAAUGGUACAUUGAUACCGGAAAACAAGUGCUACUGUGCAGGCAAAUGCAUACCAUCUGGUGUUUUUAACAUUUCGUCCUGCAGAUACGGUUUGCCAACCUAUGGUUCCCUUCCACAUUUUUAUGGCGCCGAUCAGUAUUACUUAGAGAAUGUGGAAGGGCUGCAACCUCGAGAAGAUAAGCACCAAUCGUACAUUAUUCUUGAACCCACCACCGGAGCACCAAUUGAAGCUGCGCUACGAAUCCAGCUAAACAUGUACCUGCACCCCAUAGAUAGCAUAAUGGUAUACGAGGACGUUCCCGAGCUCUACUUCCCAUUACUGUGGGUCGAAACUUCGGCUUCGUUGCCACACUACAUGAAGAUAUUGCUGAAAAUAUAUCUAAUUUCUCCUCAAAUAAUGCUAGGCGCAUCCCUAGCACUGACACUGCUUGGAUUGUAUAUGUUACUGUUUAUUGCGUAUAAACCAUUCUUUGUAUCAUUCUACAAACAUUUACAUCGCAAGAAGCGAAAUCAGCCGGUAAAGUCGGAAGAAGUACCCCUACGAUGUGAUGUAGAAAUAGCAUUCGCUAAUUGUGCUAUUGAGAACGAUGAGUGGGAGAAACCGUUGGUUAACAAAUUUACAUUGCGAUAAUCGAUGUUCUGCGUCAAGGUAGAAGACAAUCCGGAGUGUAGCUAAUACUUAGAAUGCCAUUUCAGGUAAAUGUGUUGUCGAUAGAACCAACCCUUGUUAUUUGUAAGUGUAUUUUGUUUAGCUCUCUGUAGACAAGUUUUUAAAUAUACGUAUACUCUGUUUUUUAA